UGAUAUAGCGGUAAUGAUCUGUGCUAAAGUGCUAAAACCACAACAACAAGAUUGGAAGGUGUUUGUAGCGUAAGGGCGGGGGCGUGGGGCGAGCACAAAACCAAGUGACGAACUUACGGCCAACAGCAGCAGCAGCGGCAGCAGCAGCAACAAUAACAGCAGCAGCAGCAACAACAACAGCAACAACAACAAAAACAACAGCAACUGGCCCGUUUGGAGCAGCGCGCAUGCCACACACAGUUUAAAUAUGUGAAAUUAGUACAAAUCGUGAUUUCAACAGCGAACGACCGACGACGAACGACGAAGCGGCGAAAACAACAACGAACGUGUCGGGGGAUCGUAACGUCAACGUCGAGUGGCAACACCAGCAGCAGGCAGCAAGCAGCAAGCAACAACAACGGCAGCAACGUCACUUCGCACCCGCUUGCGCGCGCGCGCGUAUCCAUCCAGCCCAACCGUACCAGCACCAACCACAGCCACACCAGACACACCACCCACUGCACCGACCGUCACAGCAGCAGCACCACCGUCUCCUUAACAGUUAACUUUCUCCGCACGAUGUCCAGCAGCGGCGCCAGCGCAGCGCAGUACAAACUCGACGCCAACUCCAAUGCCAUCGCAUUGAUUGCGGACGCCGCAGCGCUGCCGCCGUCGCCGUCGGCGCUGGCAUCGCCCGCGGACCGCAUUGAGUGGUCGCGCGCAACGAUCUUGGGCUUCAUCGAGGAUUAUCGGCGCCAGCGCGUGCUCUGGGACCCCAACACCAAAGGCUACCACAUCAAGCAGACCAAAUACGAGGCCUUGAAGCUGCUAAGCCAAAAAUAUGGCACGGAAAUUCGAUCGAUACGCUCGAAAAUCAAAUCGCUGCGCUCCUCCUUCCAUCGCGAGCACGGCAAGGUGCUCAACGGACGCAGCCGCGGCGUUCACUAUCAGCCCAUGUGGUUUGCAUAUGAGGCCAUACGAUUUAUUUUGGACGGCGAACGCGACGUUGACGCCGCCGUCUUGGAUGCCGCCGUUGACGGCGACGUUGAGCCGGCUGCAACGGCAGCGGCAGCGCUGCUGGACUCGGAAGCAGCUGAUAAACUGGCGCUGAUGCAUAGCCUAGAUCUGGAACAGCUGACAGCUGCUGGCAAGCAACAGGUUGAGCAGCAGCAGCAGCACGAAGAGUUUGCUGCUCGCGUCGCUGCCGCUGUUGCUGCUGUGGCAGCCGCUGCAGCAGCGGCCAACGUCAGGGAACGGGAACACACCAUGGACGCCGAUGCAGCGGUCUCCGAUGCCAAUUCCAAUGGCUGUGCGGGCAACAGCGGCGGCAGCGACGCAACAGCAUCAUCAGCAGCCGCCGCUGCAGCCGUCUCAGCUGCUGUGACACGUUCCUCUUCCGACUUGGAUGGCGAGAGCUAUUGCAAUAUCAGCGCCGAAGAUGUGAAAACAGAAAUUAUCGAGCACGAACCUGAGCUGGGAAUGCUCGACCGGCAGACGAGCACGCCGCUCUCCUCGAGCUACUAUAAGCCCACGGAUCUGACAUAUAAUCCGCGCAAGCGCAAGGCGCAGAUGGAUGAGCUGGAUGGCGGUGAUCUCAGUGCUGGCGUGGGCGUUGGUAUUGUCGGGGGCGUGGUCGGGGCUCUGACUUUGACGCCGAUCAAGUCCACGACGCAGUCGCAGACGGCAACGCACCACCAGCAGCAGCAGCAACAACACCAGCAUCAGCAGAUGAACCACAAUCAGAUCGCAUUUCAUACGCUCCAGCAACACUUUAGCCACAAUCUCAGCCACAGCAGCCACAACGGCAAUGGGCACCCACAGCCGCAGCAGCAGCAGCAGCAACAACAACAACAACAACAACAUUCCAAUAACAUGGCACAAAAACGUGAUCGUGAUCGUGAUCUCUCCUCCUCGCCAACUAUGGGCAAUCAUAUAACCACUAACAACCACCACUCAUCCACAUCCUUGGAGCUGCACUCGCUGGCGACGACGACAACAGCGAGCAGCGGCAUCUCAAGCAGUGCUGCCACGCCCAAGAUCAGCAGCAGCCACAACAACAACAACAACAGCAGCAACAAUCUGAGUGCCAGCCAUGUGGAUGAGUACGGAGUCUUUGGUGAGUACGUGGCCAUCACCAUACGCAAGCUGAAGACAUCCAAGUCGAAGAUCGUGGUGAAGCACCUGAUCAACAAUCUGCUGUACGAGGCAGAGCUGGGCAAGUACGAUCAGGGCAUGCCGGCCUCCAAGGAGCCGCCACAGCUGUACAAGAUGCAAUAGACGGGGCAGGUCCUGGGACUGGGACUGGGCCUGGGAUGGCGCCCGAGCAGGGACCGAGAGAAAGAAGAAAAAAAAACACGCACUAGUCAGCAACGCAAACAGAGCAACAAGAGCCAACAAUUCUAA